UGUUGCAAUGGCUUUUGACUUCAAAACAGCAAUGCAAUCUCUUGGACUUUUAUUAUCUUUCCUGGGAUGGGUUUUGUCCAUUAUGACAACUUACUUGCCACUCUGGAAGAACCUCAACCUGGACUUAAAUGAGAUGGAACACUGGACCCUGGGACUCUGGCAGACUUGUGUCGUCCAGGAGGAAGUGGGCACGCAGUGCAAGGGCUUCGACUCUUUCCUGGCUUUGCCUGCUGAACUCCGGAUCGCCAGGAUUUUCAUGUUUCUGUGCAACGGGCUGGGGUUCCUGGGCCUGCUGGUCUCGGGGUCUGGCCUGGACUGCUUGAGAAUCGGAGAGAGCCAGCAAGAGCUCAAGAAGCGCCUGCUCGUCCUGGGGGGAAUCCUGUCCUGGACGUCAGGCAUCACAGCCCUGGUGCCGGUCUCGUGGGUGGCCCACGUGACGGUCCAGGAGUUCUGGGACGAGACCCUUCCGGAGAUUGUGCCCCGGUGGGAGUUUGGGGAGGCCCUGUUCCUGGGCUGGGGUGCUGGCUUCUCCCUCCUCGUGGGAGGGUGUCUGCUUCACUGUGCAGCCUGCUCCGCCCGGGCUCCGCUCGCUGCCGGCCACUACGCGGUGGCAGAUAUGCAGACUCAGUGUCCACAUCUGGAAGACGGAACUGCAGAUCCCAAAGUGUAA